AUGUACCUCAGCUACAUUUCAAAGGGCCAGCAGGUCACGACAUCCGUGUCUCAGAUCCAACGGGGAAAGAGUUGGGGACAUCGCAAAUUCGUGGUCGACUAUUGUCCCCAUGCUCCAGACCUUGACUACGUAGGAAAUUCUGAUUUUUCGACUCCAACUCCAACUCCUCCCACAGACAUCAUUACAAACAAGGGUUUCGAGAAGGCAAGAAAGCGGUUGAAAGAAUGUAAUGACUCCAGCUUGCACGAAUCCUACAAAUUGCAAAAAGAUUUUGAAUUAACUCGCUUGGUAGACAUAUCAGUUGGCGAUGACGGUCUACAGAUAGCGGAACGCACCGAAAGUCGGGUCAGGACACAUUACGCGACCUUGUCGUAUUGCUGGGGCCUGCCCGAAUCUGAUAAUGUCAAUCAGCCAACCUAUGAUGCCAUCAAACUUGCGAGAGCGGUAGGCUUCGAUUAUAUUUGGAUUGACAGCUUAUACAUAAUCCAAGAUUCGAAAACCGAUUGGGGCAAAGAGGCCGCGGAAAUGUCGCGAAUCUAUGCCGGCGCCGACCUGACGAUAGUUGCUGGGGAAGCAAUCGAGGCUUCCGAAAGCUUUAUUACAGCACACGAUCUCCCUUCAACGAACGUUAGCAUUCUAAUCAGCUUGAACGACUUCAAUUUAACAGCUCCCAAAGCAAUACAAGCUGCUCUGCGGUAUUUCUGGAAGGGGCGUGGAUGGACUCUACAGGAAGAGACCCUCUCUAACAGGGUUCUGUACUGCAUCGAAUGA